UAAACCAUUAUUUGCUUAAAGUCAUGGCAUGAUAUGUGGUUUUUAUUGAGAUAUAUUGGAUAACUUGACACAUUUCCCAGAAAGGAAAUUGCCAAAGCUAAAUAGCUGGCUGUUUGGUCUCCUAUUGUUAAUUAUUUUCAAUUACUGUUCUGUUUAGGACAUUAAGUACCCAAAGUGUGUAUAGUAUUGCCUUAUGUCAGUCUAGGGAUAAAAAAAUCUUUUAAGAAGUCAUUUUGCAUAUCUUUCACUCACUUUGUUUCAGUUCAGCCUCACACCUGCUCUGGGAGGAAAGGAGAGCAGGUGUCGUUAUCCUUCUUUCUAGAUUAGGAGAUACUGAAUUAGGGAGAAGCUCACUUAGGUCCUAGAUUUAGUAAGUGAUCGAGCUGGAAUCAGACCCAUGUUUCCUUACAUCUCCUCCUAUGCCCUUCUCACUACUCCGUAGUACAUCUUACAGUUGGUAUUGUGUAAGGCUUUAAAGCAAUGUCCAAGAAAUGGAUAAUAAUUGAGGAGUGCAGGCAGAAAGCAUCCAAUAUAAAAUAUUAGAAAUAAAGUACGGCAGUAGGCAGUUUGGCUACAUGUGUCAGGAGCCUUAAGAAGAUGUUUAAUUGCCAUCCAACUACUACUCUGUCUCUGGGAAUCUAAAGAAAUAAUCAGAUGUCAGCAAAUACUUAAAAGAAUAUAAAUUCAGUAUUAUUUAGAAGAGUGGAAAAACUGGGAACAUGUUCAGGAGUAGGAGGGUCGGAGCACCAUAACAUGGUGUGGGAAGUGAAGACAAAUCAGAUGCCUAAUGCAGUACAGAAACUCCUGCUGGUAAUGGACAAGAGAGCUUCAGGAAUGAAUGACUCACUGGAGUUGCUGCAGUGUAAUGAAAACUUGCCAUCCUCACCUGGGUACAACUCUUGUGAUGAGCACAUGGAGCUUGAUGAUCUUCCUGAACUUCAGGCUGUUCAGAGUGAUCCUACUCAAUCUGCCAUAUACCAACUGAGUUCAGAUGUGUCACAUCAAGAAUAUCCAAGGUCAUCUUGGACCCAAAAUACCUCAGACAUAUCAGAAAACACAUACGGUGAAAAUGAGGUGGAUUGGCUAACAGAAUUAGCGAAUAUCGCCACCAGUCCACAAAGCCCACUUAUGCAGUGCUCCUUUUACAACAGAUCAUCUCCUGUACACAUCAUAGCCACUAGCAAAAGUUUACAUUCUUAUGCACGCCCUCCACCAGUGUCCUCUUCUAAGAGUGAGCCAGCCUUCCCACAUCACCACUGGAAGGAGGAAACACCAGUCAGACACGAAAGGGCAAACAGUGAGUCUGAGUCUGGCAUUUUCUGCAUGUCCUCCCUCUCAGAUGAUGAUGAUUUGGGAUGGUGCAAUUCCUGGCCUUCAACUGCAUGGCACUGUUUUUUGAAAGGCACACGACUGUGCUUUCAUAAGGGAAGCAAUAAGGAAUGGCAGGAUGUUGAAGAUUUUGCUAGAACCGAAGGUUGUGAUAAUGAGGAAGAUCUCCAGAUGGGCACUCACAAGGGCUAUGGUUCUGAUGGUCUAAAGUUGUUAUCACAUGAAGAAAGUGUAUCAUUUGGCGAGUCUGUACUGAAGUUGACUUUUGAUCCUGGUACAGUAGAAGAUGGUUUACUUACUGUAGAGUGUAAGCUGGACCACCCUUUCUAUGUUAAAAAUAAAGGUUGGUCCUCAUUUUAUCCAAGCUUGACUGUGGUACAGCAUGGCAUUCCAUGUUGUGAAAUUCAUAUUGGUGAUGUAUGUCUACCUCCUGGACACCCCGAUGCCAUUAAUUUUGAUGAUUCAGGUGUUUUUGAUACAUUUAAAAGCUAUGACUUCACGCCUAUGGAUUCUUCCGCAGUCUACGUGCUAAGUAGUAUGGCUCGUCAGCGUCGUGCGUCUUUGUCUUGUGGAGGGCCUGGAGCUCAAGAAUUCGCGGGAUCUGGAUUCAGUAAAAACUGUGGCUCGCCUGGAUCACCACAGCUCUCUUCCAGUUCUUUGUAUACAAAAGCUGUCAAAACCCACAGCUCAGGGACUGUGAGCGCCACUUCUCCUAACAAGUGCAAAAGACCAAUGAAUGCCUUCAUGCUUUUUGCCAAAAAAUACAGAGUUGAAUAUACUCAGAUGUAUCCAGGGAAAGAUAACAGAGCCAUAAGUGUGAUCCUUGGUGACAGGUGGAAGAAAAUGAAGAAUGAAGAGAGAAGGAUGUAUACAUUAGAAGCGAAGGCAUUGGCUGAAGAACAAAAGCGUUUAAAUCCUGACUGUUGGAAAAGGAAAAGAACCAAUUCGGGCUCCCAACAACAUUAAACCAAGAUGCUUAUGUUCUUAAGUCUGUAUUCACAUAAACUGACUGUUGAUGGAAAGACUUAAGAAGAUCAAGGUCUCACGAUUCGUCCUGGAGCGUGUGGCCGUAAGAUACUGAUAGCAUUGAGUCUUGCAAUGAUUUAAUAAUACGAGUGAGGAUUUGCUUUCUCCAUUAGAGCAUUAAGUAAGCUAAAACUAUCAACAUUGUAAACCAAAUUGCCUUAUUUUUCUUCCAAACUUCAUAUAUGUCUAUCAGGUAAUAUAGGCUUGAAAAUUGAUAUCCUGUGGUGCUAAAGUACAGUAGAAAGAGGAAGGAGAAGUGUAUACAUGUUUUAUUUUAAAUUGUACAAAAGGGGAGUAUAAAAAUAUGUACCUGCUGUUCAUACAUUAGCUCCUUACUGCUUAUUAAUCUGUAUUGUACACAAGAUGGAAUGAAGCAGAAGCUGGGAGCUGGCCUUUCCUUGACCAGCCACCGCCUGGCUCAGCGUCUGUGCCAAACACGGGGGCUCCCAGGCUGGCCAGUGCCAAGAGAUGACCAGAACACGGAGCAGGCGGAUGGUGUCAGGGUCCCACCUAAGCGCCACCUGCUGCAGGUCCCAGAGCACGCUGAGCUGAGGCACUGGGUGGCAGCACCCAUCCCUUACUGCGGUGGGCAGCCCAGGCCAAGGUCAAGUUAGUUAAUAGCAUUGGGAUAUAGUCACUGUAAUGGUGCUAUUAACAGUUGACACCAUUGUAUUUUUAACUUUGUGUCCUAUAUCUCCUCAGCCACGUAUCUUAAUAUCGUAUUUGUCAUCGUAUAUCUGGUGGGGGCAGACUUUGCACUUCCAGUGCAACACUUGCACUUUACUUUCCUCCAACUGUCUACAAUGAGAGCAAACACACUGGCAAUACAGCUGCUUUUGCUCUGAGCUACAAUCAUGGCUUUUCGUGUUACUUACCAAGUGGUGUUCCUGGUUAGAAUCACAGCUGGAAAAUUGAUUUCAGUUCAUUACACUUCAUGAUGUUGCCCCUAAAUUUUGCACACUAUAUUCUUGUAUAUUAUUUCAAAUAAAAUGAAAAAAAAUUGUUUAUCUCUGA